AUGAGUUACACAACUUCUUUCCAACCUAAGAGUUUCAACUUUCACUCUUGGAAUGAUCUGCAUGAUCGAAACAAUCAAGGGAGUUGUGUUUUUGGCACGACUUCUAAUCUUAGCUCAAGGAAAAAGAUGUCUACAUUGCACCAAAUUUCUACGGGUGAUUGUUUUUCUACUAAUAGAUGUUGCUCGUCUCGGAAAGGAUUGCGGUGUAGAAGUAUAUACGCUACCGUUUCAAGUGAUAGAGUAGAUGAAGUUGACCAUGCGGUUUCCUGCUUUGAGAGUUAUACUGGCAAAUGGAGAGAAUCUAGUGAGCGGGUGGAUUCAGGCAAGUUUCUUAACUCUUCAACUUCGUCGUCAGAGGGACCGUAUGUUAAAAAUGAUGAGACUGUCAACAAUAAGACUCUUCAGAGGCUUUGCGAUAGUGGAAAGUUAACGGCUGCUGCAAUAAUGGUUGAUACUAUGGCACGUAAAGGCCAAAUACCUCAUUUUCCUUCUUGCACGAAUUUGAUACGAGGUUUAGUCAAUUCUGGUCGGGUAGACAAAGCUUGCAAAAUCAUUAAUAUAAUGGUUAUGUCUGGUGGUGUUCUUGAUACAAUUACAUUCAACAUGGUUAUUGGAAGUCUUUGUAAAAGAGGUAAUUUGAAAUCUGCUCUUGAAUUGCUUGAAGAUAUGAGCAUGAGUGGAUGCUCCCCAGAUGCAAUUACUUAUAAUACAAUAAUUCGUUGCAUAUUUGAUAAAGGAGAUUAUAAUUUUGCUGUUAGUUUUUGGAAGGAUCAGUUGAGAAAAGGGUUCCCUCCUUAUUUGAUGACAUAUGCAUUCCUUAUUAAGCAGGUUUGUAGACAUUGUGGGACUUCUCAAGCCCUUGAAGUAAUGGAGGAUUUGGCAAGGGAAUGUUGCUAUCCCGAUAUCACUAUGUACAAUUUUCUUGUAAGUUUUAGUUCUAAACAGGGGAAUUAUGAAGAUACUGCUUUGGUUAUUUCCAAUCUUUUAUCCCGUGGGUUGAAACCGAAUGUUGUGACAUACAGUAACCUUAUGCACUCUCUUAGUUGCCAUGGGCAUUCAGAUGUAGUUGAUGAUAUUUUUAAGAUUAUGAAUGAGACUUCCAUUUCACCUUCACUUGUUACUUACAAUAUUCUGUUGAGUAGUUCAUGUAAAUCUGGAUCCCUGGACCGUUCCAUUAGCUUAUAUGUCAAAAUGGUUUCUGAGAACUGUUCACCGGACAUUAUAACUUACAAUACACUUCUGAAUGCUUUAUGUAAAGAAGGAUUUAUAGAUGAGAGCAUUCAAUUACUUCGCACUUUGUCCGGUACUAACUGUUCUCCUGGAUUGGUCACUUAUAACACAGUAAUUGAUGGGUUGGCUAGAAUGAGGUCUACAAAAUCAGCACAAGAAAUGUAUGGGGAAAUGGUGGAAAAAGGAAUUAAACCAGAUGCAAUUACCCACCGUAUUUUGAUAGGGGCUCUAUGCCGGGUAUAUCGAUUUGAAGAAGCGGUGGAGCUAUUGAAAGUGAUGUAUAGAGAAAGACAAACCAUUAAAAUUGAAUCUUAUAGAUGUGUUAUCCUAGGAUUGUGUAGGCAAAAGAAGCUUGAUAUUGCAAUUCAAGCUCUUGAAUUGAUGGUCAAAUGUCCAUGCAAGCCGAAUGGAAAAAUAUAUGAUACUUUAAUUAAGGCUCUUGCUUAUGGGGGUAUGGUAAAAGAGGCUAGUGCUUUGCAUCAGAGGUUGAUCAAAUGGAAGAUUCUAAAAGAGGACUCGUUUGAUUUAGUUGGAGUUCCCACUUAG